AUGUCAGCGGCCGUAUUCCGAGAAGGAUUCUAUCCUUUUCCUCCGUACAUCAAUGGAUUCUCCUACACAACACCAUUCUUCUUUACACCUACCUACCUGCUUACAUUUGUGAGUGUCAUAGGUCUCUGUCGCUAUUUACGUACAAGACAAGUAACUUGGCAGGAUAUAUCAAGUCCACUUGUAUCACCUGAUAGACGUUUAUCGCCACUCUCCAAGCUGAUUAUCUACAUGUGCUGCUUGAUCACCAUGUCUUACUUGCUGGAUACUGCUGUUGUUGUCGCUCAAGUGUUUCUACAGGGAGAUUUGUCAACCAUUCUAGUGUACUACAUUGGUGUUUCAUGGCUUGCCUGGGCCGUCAGUUUACUCUGCUUGAUGGAUGAAUCACACAAGUUCUCCAAAUGGUACUGGCUGCAAUACAGUUUUUUUGCUUUGGCUACAUUGGGCGAAACCAUCAUUGCUUGGCUGUGGACAGUGGGUAUUUACAAGCCAAGACCUGGUACCAUUUUCACUACCUACGACUACAUCUUCUUGGGCAUCUUCGUGGGACGUUAUUUCAUGGAAGCGUCCGUCUUUCUGCUAUCCUUCAUCCAGCUCAUGUCGACCAGACGUCAUAUUCAAAACUCUGAAACUUCUCCCUUACUUGCAAACAGAGCUAAUUACGGCGCAACAACGAACAGCAGUAGCGAGGUUAUUACUACAGCCAAGGAUGAGAGUCGUAGUGGAUAUCAUGAUUUCUGGAACAAGCUAAGAAAAGUCAUGCCAUACAUCUGGCCUCACAAUGACCGCACACUGCAGAAUUUAGUAGUGAUUUGCUUUUUGCUGAUGCUUUUGGGUUUGACCAUCAACGUGUACACGCCAUUGCAGAUAGGUAAAGUGGUGGAUCAAUUCAACAGAGAACCUCAGACAUUUGCUUGGGCAGCUGUCUGUGCGUAUGUCGCCUUCAAGUUCUUGCAAGGUGGUUCAGGUCUGAUUCAAGCAAUGCAGAAUUGGUUGUGGAUUCCCAUUGGCCAAUUCACCACCAGAGAAAUCUCUGUCAAACUGUUUGCUCAUUUGCACAGCUUGUCGCUGCAUUAUCAUAUCAACAGAAAGACUGGCGAAGUGCUGCGUAUUGUGGAUCGUGGCACCAACAGUAUUGUCCAGCUCCUGUCUCAAAUCGUGUUCCAAAUCUUCCCUGCGCUGGCCAACAUCUUGAUCGCUGUUGUUGUCUUUUCCGUUCAGUUCUCGCUGCCAUUUGGUAUCAUUGUUUUUGUCACCAUGUCUCUGUAUCUGUACACCACCAUCACAUUGACAGAAUGGAGAAACUCAUUUAGACGUAAGAUGAAUGAAUUGGAUAACUUUGCUAGAACCAAGGCUGUGGAUUCAUUGCUCAACUUUGAAACUGUCAAGUACUACAAUGCCGAGGGAUUUGAAGUCAGACGCUACGAUAAUGCCAUUGUUGAUUAUCAGAAGGCUGACUACAAAAACUCAGUGUCCCUCAAUGUCCUGAAUUUGGCACAGAAUGCGGUUAUUACAGGCGGUUUGUUGGCAGGAUCACUCCUGUUUGCUUAUGAAGUCUCUUUGGGCAAGCUGACACCUGGUGAUUUCGUCUCGUUCAAUGUAUACAUGAUGCAACUGUACACCCCUUUGCAUUUCUUUGGUACUUACUACCGUAUGAUCCAGCAAAACUUUAUCGAUAUGGAAAAGAUGUUUGAUUUGUUUGAUGUCGAGGAAACCGUUAAAGACGCAGAAGGAGCUGGCUCUCUCACUGUGACAGAAGGCCAUGUCAAGUUUGACAAUGUCUGUUUCGCCUAUGACAAUCGCCAAACUGCUCUGAAUGGGGUCUCCUUUGAUAUUCCCAAGGGUGCUACUGUUGCCCUGGUUGGUCCUUCGGGCGGUGGCAAAUCUACCAUCUUGCGCCUGCUGUUCCGUUUCUAUGAUCCCAAUUCUGGCCAUAUUUAUAUUGACGGACAGGACAUUAGUCAAGUCAAGCAAAGCUCAUUGCGUCAAAACAUUGGUGUUGUUCCUCAAGAUACUGUUCUCUUUAACGAUACCAUCAUGUACAACAUUCGCUAUGGCCGCAACGAUGCUUCUGAUGAGGACGUUUACCGCGCAGCCAAAGCAGCUCAGAUCCACGACAAAAUCUUGACUUUCCCAGAUGGAUACGAUACCAAGGUAGGAGAACGUGGUCUUCGUCUCAGUGGCGGUGAGAAGCAACGUGUUGCUAUUGCCAGAACCAUCCUCAAGAAUCCUCCCGUCAUUCUUUUGGAUGAGGCUACCAGUGCUCUAGACACUACUACUGAACGUUAUAUUCAAGAAGCUUUGUCUGAUAUGACCAAAGACCGCACUACACUCGUCAUCGCUCAUCGUUUGUCUACUAUUGUCAACUCUGAUUUAAUUUUGGUCAUCAAAGACGGAAAGGUGGUUGAAAGCGGUAGUCACGAAGCCUUGAUUCAAGGUGCCAUGUCUGGACAAAAUGAAGGCAUCUACUAUGAAAUGUGGCAAAAGCAACUAGAUGAUCACCAUGAUUUGAGUCAGACUGCCAGUGGAGUUGUUACUCCCAAGCUACUGGAGGAAGUUGGCACAUCCGCGUUUGUUCAAGAGCCUGUCAAAGUAACUCUUACGGAGCCCAGCAAAGAGCCUGCAACUGACAAGAGCGAGGAAGCCGUCAAAGAAAGAGAAAUCCUGCAGGAAGUUGGUUCAAGUACUGCUCCAGUACAAGAAGAUGAAGUGACAGAAAGCCCAAUUGAAGCAAAGGCUGUGGAAUCAAAGGCUGUUGAAGCGAAUGACACAACUACUGAUGCAUCAGAAUUCAGCACUGAACAAAAGAAGCAAAAUCUCAAGAUUGAUACCACUGCUCCCACUACUUCUACAACAACAGAGGAGGACGAUACUGCCGACAGCAGCAGCAGUAGCAGUGACAACAAGAUCAUCAAGGACAGAGACAUUUCUAUGACACCUGUCCAAGAAGAACAACCUGAAGAUCAAAAGACACCACCUCCCACAAACAAGUCUGCUUCUCAGUCGUCUACUAAAUCGCGCCGUAACAAGAAGAAGAAGAGAAAGAGCAAGAAAUAA